AAAGAACAGACUAAUAGGCUCCGUCUAUGUAUUCUAUAGUCAAUGGUGUUUUUAUGUUGAUGAUUUUGACAUCCUCGCAAAAUUCGACACUUUUUUUGUAAAAAUUAAUCGUCAUGAUUGUACGAAGUAGUUGACAAUAUUUGUCUAUCAUAUGCAUGAGGUAGUGUUCGUUCCGGGAGAGAAUUGCCAAGGAGGCGCACGACAAGUAUUUUAUAAUAAAUUGCAAUAACAUCGUGCGAUAAUAUUCGAGCUACACUCCGAAAGUGCAACCCGCGUGUUCAUUGAUCUUCGCAGUCGUAGUUGUACGUUGCUCUCGUAUUUUCUAUCAGAAUGUCUUUCAAGAAAGACUUAAGAUUGCUUUUAAAGCCAUAUUAUUUCAUAAAUAUCCUGCUCAGUAUCUCUUACAUUUUCUCGAAGCGCAUUCCCAUAGUCUGUAAUUACAUAUUCGCACAAAAUGACUGCGAGCUGGACGGGGUAUGUGUCUAGUAGGGAAACAGAAAUUCUCUUCUUUCUCAUGAUUGUCAUUAUGAUAAGGACAAGGAAGACUGGUAGUGUAACCAUGAUCAAUUAUCUAACUUCUAGUUUUGUGUAUACCAAAGUGGCAAAUUUAAUCCUGUGGUUUUACGCAGAUGUGCGAAUGGGUAUUUUGUUUACUUUUAUUUUUAUAUUGUGUGGAUUAAUAUUGCCAGAACCAACAUAUCAAGGUCCUGAAAAUAUUAUUUAUCUACAUGGAGCUAAUGGAUUACAAGAGGAGAUACAACGUGAUAUCAGAGUUGUCUGGUUAAUAGCAUUCUAUACAGCAUGGAAUCCAGCCUGUGUAACAUUUGCACCAAUAUUCUCUGAACUAUCUGCAGAGUAUGCAUUAGAAAACCUUAAAUUUGGUAAAGUGGAUGUUGGCAGAUAUCCAGAUGCAGCAACCAAAUAUCGUAUCAGUGAUUCUAGCACUAGCAAGCAAUUGCCAACAUUGAUACUUUUCAAAGAUGGCAAAGAAGUGGAACGACGUCCAUAUGCUGAUCAUAAAGGAAAGCUUGUUAAAUUUCUUUUCUCAAUAGAUAAUGUGAAGGCAGCAUUUGAUAUCAAUAAUAUUUAUAGCAACUGCAAAAAGAAUCCUACUAAGAGGAAAGAGAAGAAAUCCCUUAAAGCAGAAUAAUGAAGUAAAAUUUAGGUGUUUAAUACAAAAAGAAAAAUGCAUGCUUUGUGAUUUUGCAGGAUUUUGACGGAUUUACAUUACUUUCGAUGUACAAUAUCCUAACUUCUAUUGAGAAGAUGUUUUGGAUGGAGAUAAAACUAUUAGUGUUAGAAUUUUGAAAAGCAAAUUUCUUCUCUGCUGAAUGUUGUGUCGUUGGACAUUGCACGCACUGUUAAUCCUUUGGUUCUUAGACACAGCUUCUACUAUGUAGAAAAAUCUAUUUGGUAUACCUCGACCAUUUGUAUUCUAAACUGCAGGACAUGCAGAUUUGUAAAUAUUUUGUUGCGUGUUAAUAUUCUAUAUUGUAUGCGAAGCAAAGAGUUCUCUUUGUCAUGAUGUUAUUAUAUUUAAUUUAUGUCUGAUGCACACAACCCCCUUGCGCACAUUAAAUUAUAAUAGAUUAUUAUGAUAGUAUAGUAAUAAGCAGUAUAUUGUAAUUAUUAACAUAUAAAGACAUUUUGUGUUUGUACCAGCAUGGAAA